AUGGCAAUCAAACAGAAAGCUCCAGGCCAACUCGGGAUGUUCCAAAGUAGGACGGAGAUUCCUCAGCUAGGAAAACCAGAAUGGAAAUGUGAGGCUUUGCCGGCGACACCGAAGAAUUGCUGUGUGGAAUCGAAAUCAGCACAAUCAGCGUUAACGAAACCGAUCCACCAAUCGAAAAGCGUACGACCCGAACCACCUCGUGCCUAUCGUGGGAAGACGAUGAUGCAAAGAUUCGGCGAAAAAUUGCAAAGUUUCACCACUGUCGCCAGUGAUUACAGUAGACGAAUCGGUCGAUUCUGCCAUAAAAUCGCGCAUAAGGGGAUGCAAGCUGUGCAAACUGUGGUGCUCUACUUAUGGGCAUUCCUGAAAGCGUUGUUCUACACAAAUGUUCCUUCGAAAACUCUGCCUUCAACGCCACGACCGUUCCUGGCGAAGAAACCAGAUAGUGGAUCAUUUAGCAAAGUGGAAUUCAACCCAAACGAACUUAGCACUGCCUAUGAGAUGGAGAAAAUCAAUACCACGGAUUUGGCACCUCAAAAAGAAUUGGACUGCUCAACGCAAUUCGCCCCAAUACCAUUUGAACGACAUGAUUUUCGUGAAGAAGAAAUCCAUGUGGAAAGAACCGUUCCACAGGCAAUGCCUCGAAAGAACUCUAAUAGUAAAGCAUUGUAUCAGGACUACAGUGGCUAUAUGCAUCAGCAGGAAAAGCAGUAUUUCACUGACACCAGUCUUGAUACGCUUCAAAGUGGUGCAAGUGCUUAUAUAGAAGAAAAUCCAAUGUUCCGCUUACCAACACCAACGCCUCCGGCUCCACCACCACCCACUAAACCGAUACGAAUUGAUAGCGUCGUACAUGGCAGGGAGGACGUUGAUCAAGGCGAUCGUGAGACAUGUCAGAACAACGAAACGAACCAAAAACGAAAGGAUCCACCUGGAAUCGGAAAACUGCCGGCCGACGUGAUGGCAGAACUGCAUGGGACACAAAAAAUGCGCCAAGAGAGGGAGGCCUCAGUGCAACGCGAAAUGACUCAGAGUUGUCAUCCUGACAUGGCUCAGUGGAAAACAGCUGAAAAUGACAGCCGUUAUGAUCGAUCUGCCUCUGCAACACCGUUUCGAGCUAGUAGUGUAGGACCAACAAUGCGACGUCUUGAACAGGUGGUGAGCAGGCUGGACGAUACGAGCGACAACGAGGCGCAAUACGUGUUCAGGCAAGCUAGGUUAUGCUGA